AUGCUGCGCAAGUCCACCAUGACUUCAACCUUAUUCACGCGCAAGUCACCGUGUCUGCUUCACCUUGCUGUGGAGCGCACGGUGGACAUCGUCGGCAAAGACGAUCGACCCGGAUUCUAUGUUUGGCUACCAAGUAAACGUAGAGGCUGUUGGGAUCCCAGGACGCCCUCAAGCUGCCUUCGAAAUCGGCGUCGGAACUGCGACCGCGUGAGUCUCGAUCCACAAAGGGUUCAACAGGAACUCUUGUAGGUGUUAUAACUAGACAUCGUGGAAACCAUACAAGCACACCUAUCCAGACCUUACGCGUCAUCAUUCAAUAGCAAAAUGCUGAGUUAGUCCUUCAUCCGGGUCACCCAACGUUGCAGACGGCUGACUGAGUCACUUUCUUCAGCUCCUCAACGGGUUUCCUAAUCAAGCUGUCCGCUAGGUUUCGUGCGACAACACUGCCACAGAUUUAUAAUCCAUCAUUCUGGAACGACGACUAGCCCAAAUAUGAACCAUGAAGUCAAUUAGUAAAAAUAUCGAGUUUACUAAAACCAAUCUACAUACAAGUCCUGCAAAAAAUUUUCGAUGAACAAGGACUGGCUCAUGAGGGUGUCUUUUUGGCGACUCAAAGGCGGGGAUGGACCGAGGUCGGAGCUGGGGCGCCCAGGUUGAUCCGCGGAAAGUCCUCUGCUGUAUUUACUGGGCCUCGGCCGUGUGUCUGGUUGAGAGACCAUUUGGAAAGACAAUCGAGCAGAAUUAAAUAAUCGAUAUUUCAAUUGAUUUAUGUUUGUUGUUCAUUAUCGUACGUUAUAUUUGUAUAGUUAAACCAAAUUAUGGAAGUCAGACACUAUGUUUUAACUCACCACUUGGCGUAGUCAGGAUUGGCCAUUCUUGAGAACCGCGCGUGCGCUCCUAUAAGGGCUUGGAAGGCACUUUUCGUCCCCACCCCGAACUUUGGUUCGACUUUGUCCUAGGUGUGAUUUCAGUAGCCGACUGCUAUUUCACCCUUAAAGAAUGGGCUGACUGUUUUUAAAGCCGUUUUUAAUCCUUUUUGACUUUCUGCAUCUAAGCUUCUCGAUAAGUCCGCUUGUGUUGGACUGCCAAGUUUGCAAACUUGUAUCAAAAUAGCUGGUCUUCCGCCAUCAGGCUAUCUAUGUAGGAUCGUUGCGUUACAAGCUUACUGUCCGUUGUAUUAUUGUCUCACGGGAAUGGUGUUACGAAUUUUCGUCGACAGAAGCGAUAAUCGCACAAGUCCCGCGACCUAUUCUGUUUUUAUAGAGGAAAGACAUCAAUAGGACGGCUUCAAUAUCGGCAGAACCUGGUGUUAUUCUAGCCAGGUCGAGGCGGUAUGUGCGAUCGCGUGCACUCAACAGGUGAAACUUCACGCGAGCGUACGAUUAUGCUGUGCUCGUGGAGGUGUGAUGGCGAUGUCGACAGAUAAUUAGAUUGUCUAGCUAAGCACUGAUAGCUUAUACUGUGCUUGACACUGCCCUUAACCAGAAGCGAAAGGCUGAGGUACUCGUGAGUCGUACAGUAGAAAGUGUAUUAGUUGAGCACCUUUAAACCCUCUAACCGCCCUUAUUACUAUUAGCCCAGAUCGCCAGUUUUCUUUACAAUACUUCCAUCUGAUCGGCCACCAUCGGGGUUACCUGGUUUCAAGUAGCAAUUCUUCGUGACAUAACAACAUUUUAUGCGUGUUUACGCAUUUUCAGGGUGUGUGCCUGUUUGUUUCUAACAUGUAAAAUUGCUAAUAAGAUGUUCUAGGAGUGUUUAGAAUCACAAUUUCGUUCACAUAAUACCAGGCUGGUUUAUCUACGCGGGAGUAAGUCGAAUUCUGUAGAGGUUGCUGUCGACGUCGAAAAGUCCUGUUAUUUAUUCCUAUAACAUUCUCUGUGUGUAGAAGUGCUCCCUGGGAUGGAAAUGCUCCUAUAAACAGCUUUUUAAAAUCAAACGUAGGGCUAUUUUCGUAAAUUAUCUGUUUAUCUUGUUUUCGCGGCUUAUUCACUCAUACGCUUAGUAUUGUUGUACCAGCCAUGAGAAUCCACACGAAGAGUUAGUGACACAAAUUCACCGACGCCAUGACUUCGUUGCGGAAACUGACUAAGAUGGACAAAAGUAUUUAAGAAAAUACAGCAUUACGUUUCUGAAAUAGUUUUGAACGUGUUUGAUCUGUUAGAUGAAUAAUUUUCAUGCCUUUUUGUUGGUUCAGUCAUUUUCUGCAAAUGCUUGGACAGUUUGGUUUCCUGACAAGCGCUGCUUACAAGAGAGUAGACGACCAUAUCACGGCGCGCAUGACACCAAUUAAAACUCGAUAUUCUGUGAAGUGGUGCUGGUGACGUCAUAAUUCCCGUCGUUUUUGACAGAAGACCCUGAAUUUUAUACGACCCAGUGAUUUAUCGGAUCCCUCCUCGUUCCAUGGUGGAUCAAGUGCCCACUAUCUUUCAGCGACCAAAACCGAAUACGAUAAGUUGUAGAAUCACCUCAAUAUCCUCACGAACCGUAUCAAGUUAGGUCCAGGACUGAAGAACCGGACUCGGAUUUUGAACUGAACGGAGAACACGAGAAAAGUGACAGAGAACAUGCCUAGAACACCUCAGCCGUGUUUUUCGAAUGAUCUGAGGCAUCCCUGCACUAUUGUCGCAGAGAAUGCGGACUGUGUUUCUUAAGACUAAGUUAGCCUAUUUUAGUGAAGGGAUUCUCAGGCGUCCAUGACCGAAGGUCACUACUUCUGUACUCUGCUUCUACUCAUAACUCAGCAGUAUCGGUCAUGGAAGGUCUGACUGGACCAGUUUAAAAUCAUCAGCGGACAAUACACCUUCCACCUAUCGAUGCCAAACAUCUCAGAAUUGUACUUCCCCUGCAGUUUAAGGGAGCUUUUUGGACGAGCGAUCUCCGAACAGACCUUAUGUUGGAUUUUCAGAAAGUGUAAUGUCGCGGUCAAAGCUCAUCAAGAGUUGGUUGACUCGGGAUGCAGUGUAUUCUUUUAGCUUGCCACAGCAAUAUUUCACCAAGGAAUCAUUUUGUCCAGGCUACUGCAUACAAAUGCGUCAAGACAAUCCAGGACGCGUAUCUUUCCUUAGCAUUACAGAACACUGGGUUAUCUUACUCAGAGCCCCUAAGUUUUUUCGUAGUCACAAACCUAACGAAGGACCUACCUGAAAAUGACGCAUUCUAAGCGCAGGACAAGACACGGACGAUUUUAGUUUUUCCUGAAACCACGGUCUAUAAUCCUUGUAAACGGUUCCAAACUGAGACGUAAUCAAUAAUUCAGAACUGGUACUGAUAAAGUAGUGGGCACUUGAAGGGCUAUUUCGGGCUCAUUUGCCUUACAUGGAUCGCCAGCCGAAAGGGGCUGGGACUCGAACCUGGACAUUGAUUAUUUAGGGUUAAACCAAACGUUCUGUCACUGAAUCAGAACUGAUGAUGACGAAUAAGCCAUAAAUGAUGGUUGUAGUCCUCCUUGCGCUGUCGGUGUCUGAUGUCGUAGAGACGCAUGCUAACCGGAUUUUGAAUUUAUAAGUUUCGUCUUAUGUUGUCAUUUAAUCGUAACUAGAUGCAGACAAUAUUUCACUAUUUUUGAAUACGUUGGCUAUCAAAGCUCGCGAAUCAUACUCAGUUUUCGGUCACUGGGAAUGCCUAAGAUAUCUGUUUUAUUUUGAUUAAGUUUCACGGCAGAUUCCGUUUGGAUUCUGGCUGCUUAAAGCUGAUUUCGCAAUAGUACCCACGUCAUGCGUCUUUCCACAAAAUUCGGAAUUUACGCUUAUUCCUGUUUUGGAAUACCAUUUUUAACUUUCAAGACUAUUUAGAGCUCUAGAAGUCCUAGCUAUGACUGGAAUUCGGGGUUUGCCAUGUCUAACUUUUAGUCUUCUGGCCGUCUCACGGAAAUGUUUCCGCAUCCUCCCUGUAGAUAGCGACUUUCAUCCUUUAGUUCAAAAUGGUGCGGCAAGCGCGCGAUUUUCCACUUUACGGGUUUAGAUAUAUUUUUGGGCGUUUUUAUAAUUUCUGUAAGAUAUACAACCUUUGAAUGAGUCUAGUGAAAGGGAUGCCUCAAAAACUAUGCACAGUUUUCUGUUAGAAAUUCAAAUAAGUGCUCAAAGUCGUGAAUUCGUUAACGCCACAAUGGCUGCAAAACCUUCUCCGUUGAAUGGGAAUAGUUGAAGUUCGGUAGUUUGGUCGAUUUUCAUUCACGUGCUUGUCGUAGCUGGGAACGUAACAAGCACAUAAGAGGGAGAGCACGAACAAAUCAGGAUGCAAGAAUCAGAAAGAGAACACCCUAUAAUAGGGCUUUAUUCAUCUUGCAAUGGACUACUGGAACUAAAACGAGGAAUACAAACGUGGUAGAUAAGAUGGAAUUUAGCCAGGGGCUUAUGUUAGCAUGACACGCCAUAAUUUCGUUUGAGUUGGCUUGCAGCUCGUUACUUUUCAUCACGUAUUAUAAAGCUUGUUUGCGGCUCUUCGGACCCUCUUCUUCCUCAUUUUGUGGAAUCAUUUGAAGGUAAUGUAAUAAAUAGUUUAAUUUUACCGAAAUUAAUACAAAACUGAAGUCUGGCAACAAUCUUACGUGACAGAAGAAUACUUGGAUCUCGUGAAACCGUAGCACUCUUACGUGGCAAAGAAUACUUGAGUUUCGUAAAACCGCAUCUCCAGUUUGAUAGUGUGGUUUUAUUUUUAAAUUUUAAAAUUAUGAAUAAAAAUGGAAGAGCACUGUCAUGCAAACAGAAGCCCCUGACUAAAUCCCGUCUCAUCCACUUCUUUUCUAUUUCUCGCUUUAGUCCCAUUAGUCCAUUGUAAGAUGAGUAAAGCCUUAUUAUAGGGUGUCCGCGUUCUGAUUUUUGCAUCCUGAUUUGUUCGUGUUCUCUCUCUCUCGUGUGCUUGCAACGGUCCUAUCUACAACGUGGUGUCGUUUAAUGCCACCCCAUUCCACCCAUCAAUCCCACGGGAGCUGACGGUCACACUGAUAGCAAACAACUGAAGACCGAGUACAGCAAUUUGUUGGGUCACUGAAGCGCACCAAUCUCGCUCAUUCGGUCAUAUUAUGUCUCCAAUGGGAUCACAUAUGAGUAUCUCAAGGGCCCAAUGAGUUGACGCCCGGUGAACACAUUGCUCAGGCUGUUUAAACAGCAGAAUCGACGGCAUGGACUUUUCGGCGCUGUCCAACGGGAAAUUGUCUUAUGAUUCCUCGAGGCGUUAGCUUCCAUCCUUUCCCACUACUAGCCGACAACAAAAGCAAUUAACACACUCCACAUCCUGCGUUCGGACAGCAAUUACAUGGGGUCACUAAAGCAACUGUUUGCACACACCACAGAGAGUUAGAACGCAUCGAAUAACCUGUGGAGUGGAAGGUGUUUAAACUCAGGUCCCUCCAGUGUCAGUUUAUAGCAAACCAGCGCCUGCACCACUUUGCUUAACGAAGCAGGCAACCCAUGACAAUCGAACGACAGGAGUCAUGGUCCUAAGGAGCCCUGCCGUGUGUUCGAAACUGUCUCUUGUCUUCUACAGCUUAUGGCUAUUGGCGUCACUCAGCUCGUCAGGUCGUUACUCUUCAAAUGCUGACUUGAAUUCUGUCUUGCAACUAAGUACCUUUUUCCAUUUCGCCCACAAAACUACCCUUUCUCUAGGAUAGGCAUCACCAUACCAGAUUGCAUUCAAGGAAGCUGAGGAAGCAUGAGCACAGUAAACUAUCCGGACAAGCUGUCUCUACGACUGCACCUUUAGAUCUCUGGGUUGUGCGCAACCCUAUCACUGACCACCUCUGACAGCCAAAAUAGUAGCCAUUCUGCGGGGAUUCACUUCACAGCUGCCUAUUUUUCAUGACUAGCCGUGUAUCAACUGAAAAACCAGAUCAUUAUACGAAUUUCACACCGUCUACUCAUCUCUUCUUUUGAAAUUGAGUUUAUGACUUUGUGGAUGGAAAUCAAGGAUGCAUGGUAAGGGCUGCACAUCGUUUUCUGAACCUUCAUCCACCUUCGGUUGAUGAGCUGGACCCAAAUGACGCGCAGUUCUGAUCCCGUGCUAAUAAUAAAUCUGCAAACGUUGUUGAAAGUCCUGACGCAAUGCCAUUGUCCUGUGAUAAUCGGUGUCCUGAAAAGUCCGGAGUUACUGUCUUUGCACGGAAAGGACUUUGUUGUGACCUUCUAAACUCACGUGUACAUUAUUUUCUGAAAACAGUACACUUUCCUUCGCUGGUUUCUUCCUCCUCAUGCUUCUGAUCUCCUUUUACGCGCCUUUUACGCCUUUCUGCCUUCACGUAGAUCCGAAGAUGAUUAUUCCGGUCAGAUGUUUCACCUGUGGCAAAGUGGUCGGAGACAAAUGGGAGUGCUACAUUGGUCUUCUACAAGCCGAGUAUGCUGAGGGCGAUGCACUGGAUACACUUGGACUUCGUCGUUACUGUUGCCGUCGCAUGAUCCUCUCCCACGUGGAUUUAAUCGAAAAGCUUCUGAAUUACGCCCCACUUCAAAAGUAA